CUGUUGUGGUUAGGUGUUGACCCCGGAAGGGCAAAUGGUUUUGACCGCUAUACCGCGAAGGUUUGAGUAACAUGUCGUUGCUCUGCGUUUUAAUGGACAAUAAAUGGAGAACUGUUUAAACGAACGCAAUGCGUGUAUGGACUUUAUCUCGCUGACGAACUACGGUACCAACUAUCAAAGACUUAGUGUGGUGGAGCCCGUUGGCUUAGUACCGAAGGUCCAUUGUGAAGACAUAACUCUUCCUGGUUCACUGUUCACGGUGUGGGCACAAAUGAAGGAUCUUAUCCAAAAACCUCCAGUUACUCUGGACCCGCUCACAGCAUCUAACCAGCUCGUUGUCUCGAUGGACCACACAACUAUAGAGUAUUCAGAGUGGAAACAGGAGUAUCCAGAUAACCCGAAGAGAUUUCAUGUUGGUGUGCUAGGCUCACAGGGUUAUACAUCAGGCCUACACUGCUGGGAUAUUGAGGUGGGGGACAGUGAUAAAUGGAUUGUUGGGGUGGUUGAAGAGAAUGUGGACCGGAAGAGACUGUUCAACAUGGAGCGCGGUUUUUGGAGCAUACGUUUGAGUGACGAUGUAUACAGAGCGGGCAUAAGAGGACAGACAGAAUUAGCUGUGAAUGACAUACCAUGGAUAAUUAGAGUAUGGCUUGACUAUGACAAGGGACGGGUCAAAUUCUGUGACCCUCAUAAAAAUUGCACUUUGUUCAGUUACACUUCUAAAUUCAAAGAGAAAGUGUUUCCAUACUUUUGUAGUGGAACCCCUCUUUGCCCAAUGAUUCUCUUUCCUGGAAAAAAAUGACUAACUGACUUUUUUCAGUAUUGUUAGAGCCAGGGAAAAACAGAUCAUCUUACUUAAUGACUAAAUGUUCAAAAAUAUUGUAU